AUGCCCCUCGAUGGGGAUGGGCUCGGCGUUGCUUUGAAGCGGAAAAUACGCGAUCGAGGGGCGCGAAUAACUUGGGAAAAGUUUACGGAAAUCAUUAGAGACAGCUCACCCAGGAGAUCGAGCCCCUCAUCAUCAGCAGGAGUCAAGGAUGGAGAGUCUGAUGGGUUCGAUGUGCCGUACGAGGUUGCGGAACUCAUAUCGGCAUCGCCUAGAGGGGCGCUGAGGGGCGAAGACACGGCGGACCGCAUGCUAUCGUCGGAGUCCUCGUUGAGCACCGAUGACUGCUACAGAGGGUAA